AUGAAGGUGCGUUUUGAAGGUGUGAUUCCGAUGGUGGGAGGGCUGGGAAGAAGGCAGGACUCUAGAGGCAGAACAGCCAAGCCCAGUGGGGCUCUGUCUCAGGAUGAAAGCCAUUUGACACUCCCUGGGUCCACAAAACAUCUCACCAGAGGAGUCGGGGGUGGGGGGUGGGGGUGGGGUGGAGACAGGUGGCUGUGGCAGAUGACAGGAGGGUUCAAGGGAUGGGACAAGGUGGAGGCCACUGGCAAGGAGAUACGGAGGAGGAGGAUGCCAUGUACUAGUGGGCAUCUAGGGGGUGGGGGUGCCCUGGAAUGGAAUUUAGGGGGCAGCAGGAUUCAGAGAAAACAGCCCCAGGGCUUGGCUGUAGUUCCUGCCUGCUCCGGCUUUUUCCUGAACAAGUUGGAGCAACACAGUAAUAAUUUUCAUAGCAAGUUCCUUUCACUGGGUGUUGCACAUGCUACCAGUGCCCCUUCUCAAGCCCCCAGGUCUACGUGGAGGUCACCUGCUGGCAGCCCCUGA